UUCUUGAGCAUGUGAACACAUCAUGUUAUCCCUUCCAUCGUGGUCGACGUUUCGUAGUGUAAUGUGGAUCGGAAAAGAAAAAAAUAUACUGUACGAGCCUGAGAACGAUUAACGUGUCAGAAUCCAUCGAUCGCAUCAUUUGCUUUGAUAAGACUGGAACAUUAACCGAAGACGGUUUGAAUAUGUGAGGCGAGUGUAUUAGAUGACAAGUUUAGAUAUGUGGGGUUCUCCAAAUUUCGCAGCUGUUGUACAAGAAUAUACAUCCGAAGGAUAUCGAGUGAUCGCUCUCGCGCACAAAUCUCUGAAUUGUCUUCCGUACGCCAAGGUGCAACGCAUAAAUCGUGAAGCUGCCGAGAUUGACUUGACAUUCUUGGCGCUUAUAAUUAUGGAGAGAUUUCGCCGGUGCUCGCCGAAUUGAAUACCGUGUACAUUAAAAAACGGUGAUGGUGACGACAAUACAUUGAUCGCACUCUCAGAGACUGCGACAUCGUAAAGCCAGUUACGCCUGUGAUCCAUCAAAUGGAAACCACAGAUUUACUUCACAAAGAGCGAUAGUCAACCAUCACCAAUCUUACUAAAUAGUCAGCCGGCAAAAUAUUCGAUUUGAACAAUGUAAUUAAUUUAAUUUGAAAAUUGUCGAGAGAGGUUCCUUCGGUAAUACUAAGUUGGAAGAUAAUAUCAAUUAUUUAUCAGAUGAUGUGCAAUAUUUCAAGAACAAGUACGCGUUUGCGUUAACAGAAAAAAAAGUGGGGAUUAAUAAAGCAGUAUUAUCCAGAACUGAUACUUAACGUGGUGUUCCGCGAUGUCAUUUUUGCGAGAAUGUCGCCGGAUCAGAAGCAGCAGUUGGUUCAAAAACUGUAGUCUUAACUUAUGAUAUUACAUUGGAUGUUGCCAGGCAUACAACGUAAUGGAGAAAAGAAGGAUAAAAAAAGAGAAAAAGAUUCGAUCAACAUUAUCGCAGAAGAAACAAUGUUAGCGUGGGACCGUUGGGUGGCGAAAAGUUUCGCAGCAAGAACAACGGCGAUACAGACCGAGACCAAAAAGGCGCGCUUAUGCUUCGUUAGAUUCCUUGCAAGAAACGCUUCAAUCUCUCGCCGCGACAGGCAAUAUACAUUUUUGCGACCGCACAAUACGUCCGACGGGGAUCACGAUAUACAAGCGAUCGGCUGCGAAAGCCAUCGUGGCGUGGAUUAUCAGAAUUUCACGGGUUUCUGA